AUGUUUCUCACACCUCUUAGUGCUUUUCUACCGUAUCCGUUUGCGGGUGGAACGGCUACGAGAAUCUCGGGGGGGGUGUUCACCUCACCCAUCAAUUCCAUCUCUUAUGCUCCAAAUACACUCGAUCUCUUCGGUCUCGGCACGAAUUCCGCUGCCUAUCACAAAUCGUACAACAACGUUGCUGUAUGGUCCGGGUGGAACUCACUCGGUGGCAUCUUCACGUCUAAUCUUGUUGCUUCUACUUGGGGUGAUAACGAGAUUGAUGUUUUUGGUCGUGGCACAGAUAAUGCAAUGUGGUGGAAUCAUUGGAAUGGUGUCUUCACUUCCGAACCAAGCUCAGUCUCUUGGGGCCCAGGUAGAAUUGACGUAUUUGGAAUUGGAACAGACGGCGCUAUGUAUCAUAAGUACUACGACUCCGGCGUGUGGUCAACCACCUGGGAAAAUCUCGGAGGUGUCUUAUUGUCUGCCCCAACUCCUGUCAGCUGGGGUCCAGACAGGCUUGACAUCUUUACUAUUGGCACUGAUGAUGCUGUGUGGCACAAGUAUUGGACCGGUUCUGCUUGGGGAGGCUGGGAAAGACUUGGAUAAGCAUAGAAAUUUAAAUGAAGUGUGAUUUCUGUCUGUUUGCUAGCUUUGGAAGCCUGAUUGUGGCUUUUAUCUGAAAUGUGUUUGGUGACGACGUUGAAUGG